AUGCAAUUCUCCUUCAUUGCCGCAACUCUUCUUGCCGUCCUUGCUCCGGCUUGGGCUUACGAGGUUGCCACAGACAAGUGCUGCCAGGCCCAGCUUGAAGCCUGCCACAAGCAGGGUGCCAACGCUUGCAUGUGGACCAACGCAGCCAUCUGCGUCGACAACCCGAACAACCGCGUCCCGGUUGACGAUACCUGCCUGAAGGCAUGCCCUGACGCCACUGUCGAGAACCCCAACGGUUUCCUUUACAAGUUCCAGAAGCACGGUGCCCCCGCCGGUGAUUGCGUCUGCGGCAACUUGAACCCCAACCUGAGCAAGUACUGCUACGGCGGUUAA